AGAGAGAGAGAGAGAGAGAGAGAGAGAGAGAGAGGGAGAGAGAAUCAGCGAACGAACAAGUGCAACAGAGAGAGAGAGAUGGCUCCAGUGUGGACAGGUGAACGGCCGGCCACGUCAGACGUCCAGAAUAUCGCAGAUGCGGUGAAAUCCAGUGUGGAACAUCAGAUCGGCCAUAAACUGACGACGUACAUCGCGAAAACCUGCCGUGACCAGGACCAGACUUGUAUGCUGGGAAAACUUUACCUGAUCAAGAUCGAUAUCAGCAACAACAACGUCCUCCACAUUGAGGUGUUCGUUCCUCGUCAGCACUCUAUCUCUGAUUCAGUUCUGCUGGCGGUCGUGGAAAACUUCAGGAUGAGCGAUCCGCUGGAACCCUUGGUCUGAGAAACGAGAGUUUCCUGACCGAUGCCAACCCCUCGCUGUGCUUGCGGCCCACCCCUCGGGAAUAUACCCCUCCCUCCCUACAAAGCUCGUCACGGGGUAGUUGGGACACCCUUCAGCUACCCACAGUUUAAUGCGGGGUUUGGUUCUUCCUGUCCACAGAUCCCAGACACACUCCCACCUCCCCGAGACCCUACACCCCCGCCAACUCACCGACAGGUCCCGCGCUCCCGGAAUACCAGCAGACCCACCUCUCCAGCUCGCUGAGGCCACCUGAACCGUCAGCUGUUCGACGCACAAGCUUUUCGCUAAUAAAACGCGUUGAUCCGA